UGGAGUGCCUGGGACGCAGCGGAACUUGCCAGGAAGAGGCGGCGCCUGACUGGGUUCCUUUUUGUUCGGGUCUGGCGAGGGUCACGUGGAGCGUUACCCGGAGGCGGAACACUGCGACCGCCUCCUAAAAGCUUGCUGUUGGGGGGGCUCCUGGAUAUCCUAGCCAUGCGCCCCCUUCGUCCCGCCUCUGCUAUGCUGACAUUUUUUGCUGCGUUCUUGGCCUCGCCCUUGGCGCUGGCUGAGACACCGUACCUGGUGCGUGUGGACGCAGCCCGCCCGCUGAGGCCUCUGCUGCCCUUCUGGAGGAGCACCGGCUUCUGCCCCCCACUGCCUCACGACCAGGCUGACCAGUACGACCUUAGUUGGGACCAGCGACUGAACCUUGCCUACAUAGGUGCCAUACCUCACAGUGGCAUUGAGCAGGUCCGGAUACACUGGCUUCUGAACCUCAUUACAGCCAGGGAGUCAUCUGGGCAGGGACUGAUCUACAACUUCACUCGCUUGGAUGCAUUCCUGGACCUCCUCAUGGAGAACCAGCUUCUCCCUGGAUUUGAGCUGAUGGGCAGUCCGUCUGGGCACUUUACGGACUUUGAGGACAAGCAGCAGGUGUUUGAAUGGAAGGACCUGGUUUCUCUCUUGGCCAGGAGAUACAUUGGUAGAUAUGGACUGACACAUGUUUCCAAAUGGAACUUUGAGACUUGGAACGAACCAGACCACCAUGACUUUGACAAUGUGUCCAUGACCACACAAGACCCUCCUGCCCUAGGCUUCCAGAAUUACUAUGAUGCCUGUUCUGAGGGGCUGCGCAUUGCCAGCCCCACUUUGAAGCUGGGUGGUCCUGGGGAUUCCUUCCACCCCCUGCCAAGGUCACCAAUGUGCUGGAGCCUCCUGAGUCACUGUGCCAAUGGAACCAACUUCUUCACUGGUGAGGUGGGCGUGCGUCUGGAUUUCAUCUCCCUGCACAAGAAGGGUGCAGGCAGCUCCAUCUUCAUCCUGGAGCAGGAGAUGGCAGUUGUGGAGCAGAUCCAGCAGCUCUUCCCUGAGUUUAAGGACACCCCAAUUUACAAUGAUGAGGCAGACCCUCUGGUGGGCUGGUCCGUGCCACAACCUUGGAGAGCUGAUGUGACUUAUGCAGCUCUGGUGGUGAAGGUCAUUGCACAGCACCAGAACCUGCUGUUUGCCAAUAGCAGUUCCGCCAUGCGCUAUGCGCUCCUCAGCAAUGACAAUGCCUUCCUGAGCUACCACCCGUAUCCUUUCUCCCAGCGUACACUUACUGCUCGCUUCCAGGUCAACAAUACUCACCCACCCCAUGUGCAGUUGCUGCGAAAGCCAGUACUCACAGUCAUGGGGCUGUUGGCCCUGUUGGAUGGAGAACAACUCUGGGCAGAGGUCUCGAAGGCUGGGGUUGUGUUGGACAGCAAUCAUACAGUGGGUGUCCUGGCUAGCACCCAUCAGCCUGAAGACUCCUCAGAGGCCUGGAGUACCACAGUCCUGAUCUACACUAGUGAUGACACCCACGUAUACCCCAACCACAGUAUCCCUGUGACUCUUUGCCUGCGUGGGGUACCUCCUGGUUUGGAGCUUGUCUACGUAGUACUCUACUUAGACAAUCAACUCAGCAGCCCCUACAGUGUGUGGCAGCGAAUGGGCCAGCCAGUCUUCCCCUCUGCAGAGCAGUUCCGAAGUAUGCGCCUGGCAGAGGACCCAGUGGCUGAGGCACCACGCCCCUUUCCUGCUAGGGGCCGUCUGAUCUUACACCGGAAGCUUCCGGUGCCAUCACUCCUGCUGGUGCAUGUAUGUGCGCGCCCCUUGAAGCCACCGGGGCAGGUCAGCCAGCUCCGUGCACUACCCCUGACACGUGGGCAGCUGGUUCUGGUCUGGUCGGAUGAGCAUGUGGGCUCCAAGUGCCUGUGGACAUAUGAGAUCCAGUUUUCCCAGAAGGGUGAAGCAUAUACCCCAAUCAACAGGAGGCCGUCUACUUUCAACCUCUUUGUAUUCAGCCCAGACACAGCUGUGGUCUCUGGCUCCUACCGAGUACGAGCACUGGACUACUGGGCCCGUCCAGGCCCCUUCUCCGACCCUGUGACUUACCUGGAUGUCCCUGCCUCAUGAGGGCCACUGGCUCCUAGUGACUGGUGAGCCUGUGCUGACUGGUGACUGGAGUCACCUAGGAUGAGCUAGACUGCCAUUAGCUAGCCAGUUGACUAUCAGCUUCUUUUGUUGUUCCCCUGUUUCCCUUUAAAGUGUCUUUCUCUACCUCAGACUUGGGAUCAGCUUUUGUGGAUCAGUACUUUAGAGGGCCCAGUUGGAGUGACCUUUGUCCACCUUCCUCCCCAUUCCCAGCUGUUCAAAAGUUUAAAUGUGGCACUGGAAAGAUGGCUCAGUGGACAAACUGCUUGUUGUGCAAGCAGACACAGGGACUUGUGUUCAGAUAUCUAGCAUUCGUGUAAGGGCUGGGCAUGACAAUACAUGCCUAUUGCCUUAGUGUUGGUGGAAGGGACAGAGACUGGCCAAGGCUCACUGUCCUUCCAGUCUACCUGAAACUGCAAGUUCCAGGUUCAGUAAGAAACCCUUGGUACACACACACAGAAACGCACACACACACACACACACACACACACACACCACCACCACCACCACCACCACCACCACCACCACCACCACCACCAUCACACCAUGCACACAGUCUAAUUUCAGUUUCUUGAGCUUCUGUAAUAUCAAAAAUAAAGUUAUGUACUUCUACUUCUGAAAUACAAUUGCACAGAGUAAACAUCUCUAU